UCGGCGGAGACGGUGUUGAGCCAAUUCUGUUUUCGUUUUCACCAUAGUUAUUUCAAACGAAAGUAUAGUUUAAAAAAAAAGGGACAACAUGAAAAAGACUUUGUGUGAAUGCUCUCUCCAAAAAAGGACUAAAAUGAUCAGCAUCUUUUAUUUGCUCGUCAAUUUGGCAACUGGUUUUUACCGAAGCUAUCAGCUCGGUCUGAUCGAAUUUGUUGGAGAGUACGACGGAGUUAAGGCUUUCAGUUGUAUUUCAAAUACGCUCGUCGCUUUCAUCUUGGCCAUGUUCUCGGCUCUUCUCUUUUAUGCCGUCUACAAUAACCACAGACAAUUGAUGAUGCCUUGGCUUUUCACGACAAUCCUCAUUGCCUGCACGCGUGAUGUCUACAUGCUCAUUCGGAGCUUCUUCUACGCUUCGGCAGGCACCUGGUUGGGCGUGCUUUAUGUUACUGCCAUGGUCAUGCAGAUAACUCUAGGUAUGUACCUUUGGUGGGUCGUCUACGGUUUUUAUCAUGAGCUCAAGGACAAAGAAAAUGAAAAAAGGAAAAAAGACCUGCUUGUUGGUAAUUCCUCGACGAAUCCUGCCACUUCCGACCCUGUCUAGAACACUUUAUGACGGGAAAUGUUGUCGAUUUAUCUAUAUUUUUCGAUAAUAUAUAAUAUAAAAGAAACUGCUUUGUUUUUAUACCGUUACACUAUACAAUCCUAUUCUCAGCGCCCUAUACAUUCAACUGAAAUAAAGUUUGAAAAGAAGUUAUUAAUCAUAAGUCAUAUUCUAGUCCAACAAUUUAAAAAAAUUACUUCAAUUCGGAUUUGUAUCUUUUCUUCAGUGUUGGUAUAUUUGUCGUAACACCUCUCGGCACCUCAUAAUGUUUCCCAUCGAAAAAUUGCACGUGUCGCAAGUUCUUGGUAUAGGUUAUAGCGCUAUGCAUAGUUUCUUUUUUUCACGGUUUCUAGUUGUAUGCUUCCUGUUUCACACAUAGGCUGGCUUUCAAAUUUCAAUAAAAAAGUUUCAUAUC